GUUGAGACGCGCCCCACUGCGCAGCGUUCGCGUGUGUGGCAUCUUAUUAUAUUGCCUUCUUAGCUGAGCGCUUUGAGUAAAGAUUAAAUCCACUCGUAUUAGUUUGUGAGCGCGAAGAAGAAAUGGAUUGCUCAGAGGAAGUACAGUCUCUGUCAGAUGAAGCCAGCACCCCGAUGGAGUUAAAGAAGGGAAUGUCAAUAUUUCUGGAUAUCUUAAGGAGAGCAGAUAAAAACGAUGAUGGAAAGCUGUCCUUUGACGAGUUCAAGGCCUACUUCUCGGACGGAGUCCUGACCGGAGAUGAAUUGAAGGAGCUCUUCCACACCAUCGACACUCACAACACAGAUAAUGUGGACACUGAAGAAUUGUGUGAAUACUUCUCUCAACACCUUGGAGAAUAUGAAAAUGUCCUUGCAGCCUUGGAAGACUUGAACAUCUCAAUACUGAAGGCUAUGGACAAAACCAAAAAGGAAUACCAGGAGUCCACCCAUCUGGAGCAGUUUGUGACACGCUUCUUGCUGAAGGAGACGACCAAUCAGCUUCAGUCCCUCCAAAGUUCCCUGGAGUGCGCCAUGGAGACCACGGCUGAGCAGACCCGCCAAGAACGGCAAGGACCAGUGAAGCCCGAGGUGCUGUCGAUCCAGUGGUCAGGGAGGCGAUCAAAUCGGAGGCUUCAAAGGAAUAACAGCCUGUCUCCGAACAACCCGCCCCUCAGCAUCGUCAAUUCAGGUCUUUAUGAGGAAGACAACCAGUGGAUGACCCAGAUCAACAGACUCCAGAAACUGAUUGACCGCUUAGAAAAGAAGGAACUGCGGCUGGAACCUGUUGAAGAGGAAAUCUUGGAGGGGACCACUAAAGCACACAUCCUGAUCGUCCAGCGGCAGCUGUCGGUGCUGGAGGAGGAGCUGGGGGAGUUCCGGCUGGCGCUCAGGCAGUACAUCGAGUGCUCCAACGCGCAGACGGGCUGCCUACAUAUUGCUGUCCAGAGGUUGUCCAAUGAGUCCCGCUUCAUACUGUAUGAGUUCUGGGAGCACAGCAACGUGUGGAAAAAUCAUCUUCAGACCAACUACAGUAAAACCUUCCAGAGGGGUAACGUUGAUUUUCUGGAGACGCCAGAGAUCAUGACGACAAUGCUGGUCCCAGCCUCGUGGUGGGUGCUGAACAAUAACUGAACCUGCGUGUGCUUCGAGGUGCUGUUAAAUCGGGGCCGAAAACAUAGAGUCAUAGCCGUAGUUUCUGUCAAUAACAAUCAGGCUCCUGGAACUGCACUUGUGUUGGUGUUUAUUGUGAAACUUGGUGACUGCAUCAGACCGACAUGUCCCAUUCUCUGUAUCUAUUGAUCGUCGGUACCACUAGAUAUUCUCUCCUCAAGCAAUGACUCAAGUGAUGGGAUUUUUUGGCGAUCCACAGUCCUGCUACCAGAUGAAGGUUUGAAAUUCCUAUUGUACGGUCCAGUCAUACAGUGUGAUGUAGUGUACAGUGUGUUGGCCGUAUUUGUAGCAGUACCUGUUGCAAACGUGUGUGGCAGUGCUUUUUGAGAUAAUCUACCUAUUUGUCACCU